AUGAGGGAUACUGCUCACCGAUACAGUCAGGAUACAGAGUAUAGAAUACGUGAUCUCAAAAUAAGAAGACAAGAAACUGAAGAGUGGUAUAGUACGUUAAUGGUGAAUCAGCUUGCUACAAAGGAAGAAAAGUUCGACCCUACAUGGGAUUGGUUUCAGCGCAGCCACCAUCGUUGUAGCACACACUUACGUUCUCAGGGGACUUUUAUGACUACUCUAGAAACAUCACUUAUCAUGGUAAUAUGA